AUGCUAUCGGGAAUAGGAACACAGAUUAAUCUUUUGCCAGAUGAUUUCUUAGUUCUUCUCAAAAUCACCAAUGAAAAUAGUGGAAAUGAUGAAAAUGAGGAAUGCUAUGCAAAUAAUAGCAUGGCCGAACAAAAGUCAAACUCAUCACGAUGUUGUAAGAUGAAUUUAUCGCCAUCCAAUAAUGACCAUAAUGAUCGAUCGCUUCUAUCAACCAUGGUAGCAAAAGGUAUACGUAAUUUUUGUGUCAAACGAACAGCCAAUGCAAUUUGCAAAAAAAAAGAAAUCAUGAAAGCAGCAGUCGAAAAGACACGAAACAAAAAAAUUGAAAAGAAAUAUGAAAAUGUAACGAGCGAUACAUUUAAGUUAAAUAAUAUUUGUAAAAUGAACAGAUUUCGAGAAGAUAGCCAAAGUCGAGUGAAGCGACAUAAGAAGCAAAUUGAUAAAGAAAAUGAGGAACGACGAAAGCAAUCACUUACAAAAAUUAAAAAACAAGCUCUUAAGGCAGCUGCGAAUAGAGAUUGUAAACGUCAUCAUAAAACUUCUGGCGCACCUGUUGUUAAACGUGCUCGAAACAUUCAUAACUCAACUUCAACCUCUAAGCGAACUUGCAGCAAAGCAAAGGUAAUACGAAUUUCCUCAGUCAUGCAUAUAAUUAGUGAAAUGGAAAAAAAAAUGUCGCUUUGA